AUGUCCAACUGGUGUGAGAGCAACUAUGUCAAAUCCCACUACGUCGCCGAGUUCUUCAACUCCCUCUCCUCCCUCUCCAUGAUCCUCGUCGGCCUCGCAGGCGUCUAUCUCCACUCAACCUUCGAGAAGCGCUUCCUCCUCGCCUUUGGUUCCAUCAUCGUCGUUGGCAUCGGUUCCAUCGCCUUCCAUGGGACCCUUCUCUUCCCCCUCCAGAUGCUCGAUGAAGUCCCCAUGGUCUACUGUGUCCUCGUCAUUGUCUACUGUUGCGCCGAGAACAAAUCCUACAGGCGCUAUGGUGCUUGGUUUCCCAUUGGGUUGACUCUCUAUGGACUCUUGACGACUGUCAUCAUGCUUUAUGCCGGGCCUGAGAACCAUCUGUUGGAGUUUGUUGUCUUCCAGUCGUCGUUUAUCUUUGUCGUGCUCGUGGUCGCCUCUCAUAUCACAAAGAUCUAUGCCCGUCUGACGGAUCAGUCGAUCAAGCGGCUGUGGGGCACCACUGUGGCGACGGGAUUGACGGCGUACGCCUACUGGAAUAUUGACUUUAGGAUGUGCGAUGUCAUGCAAAACUUGCCUUUUGGACUGUGGAACCCUCAAUUCCAUGCCUGGUGGCAUGUCGGUGCUUCGAUCUGUUCGUACAUGAUCUGUCUGUUGAUCUGUUAUGACCGUGCAGAGAACUUGGAUCGCAAACCAAGAGUCGAGUGGAAGGGUGGUGUACUCCCUUUUGUCGUCGUUGACAAGAUGAACAUCAAGAUAAAGUCGUGCUAA